UUGCGAAGCUGUUUCCCUUCCAGUCUCUUCUUCUUCGGUGGUGGUUAUUUGUUAAACCCUAGAGGACCGUUAGGAGCUCCCGUGCUCUCCGUCGCUGCGCCUAUACUCCCAAGAUGGGCUCGAAAAACGCAGAAGAUCAGAAGAAGAGGAAGAAGAAGCAUGGCAAGAACGACGGGCAUGAAUCUACCGCUGGAAAGAUCGUCGAGGACUCUCGAUUUGCGUCCGUCCACUCGGACCCUCGGUUCCAGAAGGUUCCGAAGCACAAGACGAAGGUCGCAAUUGAUUCUCGCUUUGAUCGGAUGUUUACUGACAAGAAUUUCGGCUCAUCAUCUGCUCCGCUCGAUAAGCGAGGCAAGCGGAAGAAACAGAAGUCCGGGAGCAGCCUCCGCCAUUAUUAUCGAAUUGAUGAAGAAGGGGAGGGGAAAUCGGAAGAGAAGGGGAAGAUUGUGAGCAGUAGAGCUGAUGUUGAAGAGGAGGGUGAGAGUGAGAGCGAGGAGGAAUCUAGGAAAGUGGUUGCUGAGGUGGCGGUAAGCAGUUCGACUGAUCAGGAAGACGAUGAAGAGGAGGAAACCGAAGACGAGGAGGAGGAGAGAGAUGGAUAUGAAUCGACAACGGAAGAGGAAGUGGACGAAGAGCUGGUCCAGGAGGACGAGAUUGAAGUACCUAUGGAGGACAUACCUGUAAUCGAGAAAGAAACUCGCAGGCUUGCUGUUGUGAAUAUGGACUGGAACCACGUUAAGGCUGUUGAUUUGUAUGCAACGUUGAGCUCAUUUGUUCCUAAAGACAGACAGAUUAUGUCUGUAAGUGUCUAUCCUUCUGAAUUUGGACUUCAGCGAAUGAAAGAGGAAGAUGUUCGAGGUCCUGUUGGUAUAUUUGAUGAUGAAAAUAAGAGUAGUGAUGAAGAUGAUGAAAUUGACGAAGGAAAAUUGCGCGCCUAUGAGAGGAGUAGACUAAGGUACUACUAUGCUGUUGUGGAAUGUGAUUCAGUAGCAACGGCUGAUUACCUUUAUAGUUUUUGUGAUGGACUUGAGUUUGAGAGGUCUUCAAAUGUGCUUGAUUUAAGAUUUAUUCCUGAAUCCAUGGAAUUCAAACAUCCACCCCGUGAUGUUGCAACUGAGGUGCCUGUGAACUAUGAAGGUUUACAUUUCCAUACUCGAGCACUACAGCAGAGUAAAGUUCAUAUUUCAUGGGAUGAGGAUGAACCACAUCGUGUAAAGACCUUGAAUCGAAAGUUUAAUGCUGAUCAGCUUGCUGAGUUGGAGUUGAAGGAGUUUUUGGCUUCUGAUGAGAGUGAAACGGAUGAUGAUGAGAAUGAUGAAGCUGCAGAGGAUCAAUCUGAUGUAAAAUACAAAAAAAGAGAUAAGUACCGUGCUUUAGUCCAGGCGGGUGAUGGUUCAGAUGAAGAUGGUGACGAGGAAGGCCAGGAUAUGGAGGUCACUUUCAACACUAGGUUAGAAGACCUGAGUAAGCGUAUCUUAGAGAAGAAGGAUAAGGAAUCAGAAACAGUUUGGGAAGCGUAUCUCAGAAAAAGGCGUGAGAAGAAAAAGUCACGAAAAAAUAAAUCCAAGUAUUCUUCAGAGGAUGACAGUAGCGAUGCAGAUCAAGAACCAAUAGAACAACCAGAUGACUUUUUCAUUGAAGAGCCUUCAGCUAAGAAAAGUAAGAAGGAUCGUCAUGUUGAUACUGAUAUUGAAGCUGAAGCAAGCAAAGCAGAGCUCGAGUUAUUACUUGCUGAUGACAAGGGGGCUGAUACUGGUCUUAAGGGAUAUAAUUUGAAACCUAAAAUGGCCAAGGGUAAGAAGGGUAGAGAUGUUCCAGAUGAGGAUAAAAUACCAACUGGUGAUUUUGACGAUCCACGGUUUUCUGCUCUCUUUUCUUCCCACCUCUAUGCUCUGGAUCCCACAGAUCCACAGUUUAAAAGGAGUGCUGCUCAUGCUCGGCUGAUGGCACAGAGACAAAAAAAGACUGAUAGGCAAGAAGGCAUGGAACCUAAAAAGGCUGAUUUGCUAUUGGAUGAGCCUCGGCUGAGCAAUGACAGAGAGGUGGCUUCUGAUGCUAUGCUCAAGAAAGACCAAUAUGAGUUGUCUUCGCUGGUCAAGUCAGUUAAGAUGAAGUCCCAGCAAGUUCCUUUGCUUCCAAAGGGUAAGACAUCAAAGACAGGUGAAAAAUACAAGUCUGCUGGUAUAAAGGGAAUGGGUAACCAUGAGCUCUCGACAUUAGUUCAAUCUGUAAAGAAGAAGGCCAAAGGUGGGAAGAAAUGACAUAGAGGAAGUGGAAACCUUUUUCAGAUGAAUUGCUGAAGCAAACUGCUUCCAUCAACUCCUGGAGAUUGAAGGAUAUUUGGUGGAUUUUCUGGCUAAUUCUGCCUUUUUUUGUUUUUCAUUCUCCCGUGGUCCAGGUCUGCAGCUGUUGUAAUUUUGAUAUUCUUGUUAAGCUUAUCCAUGUGUAGUAUGAAAAUUUUGUUAGGGAGAGGAGCUGUGUGUGAGGCAAAUCACUGAACAUGAUAGUAAUUUUCCUAUUUGCAUUUAUGUUCAUGCUUGUUUAUCAAUAUAUUGACUUGGAAGUGAUCACUACUC